AUGAAAUCAUUUUCUUCCUUUUCUUCUAAUGAUAUAGACUCUGUGCAGAUAAGUGAUGCGGAGCAUCGAGUCUCUGACUUCUGGUGUAUAUCAGAAUUCGAAACAUUAUCAAAUGCCGGAGUAUCGUUAGAAUUUAUUUCGGAGGAAAUAGGAGAUGUAGAACAUUGGCUAUCUAUCUGUUCAGAAAUAUCGGAAUUUGAAGUGUUGUCAUAUAUAUCGGAUGCAGAAGUAUCAUUAGAAUUUUCUGUUUCAGUGAAGAUGGUAUUAACCGAAGAUUGUGAAACAUUAAUGUGGGAACGAGAAAGUUUGAAAUCACAUGAUUUUGAUCGUGAACGGUGUUCACGGUUUUUGAUCACGAUUAAUGGGCAAAGCAUCAAUAUUACUGAAAACAAUGAUUUCAGAUUAAUUGUAUUUUCCGUUCAUGUAAAUGCAAUCUGUGAACAUUAUGGCUCAAAUUGCCCUCAAGAUAGUCCUUGUUGUAAUAAAGGAUGGUGUUCUAAUGAUAUAAAUCUUAAAAUCAAAAAACUUGCAGAUUUUACUGGAGAUCCUAACGAGGCUGAUUGGACUUCAGACUUCACACCAGAUAAUUCGGCAACAGAUGGUAACAAUUUAUUAUUAAAUAUGAAGUUAGAUACAUCUAAGAAAAAUGAAUUUGGAAAUUAUCAAGGGUUUGGCGCUACUGUUAGUUCAACUCGAUGGAUGUUAUACGGAACUGUAACAGCACGUAUUAAAUCCGGUUCCUCAUCUUUGGGUGUUGUCAGCUCGUUUGUCGUCUCAAAUAAUACUGUCUCUACCAUCGGUGACGAAAUUGAUUUGGAAUGGGUAGGUUUAAAUACCAACGAGGUACAAACAAAUUACUACUGGCAUGGGGUAAUAGAUUAUACCAAAGGAGAAAAAAUCCCAGUUGGCGCUGACGCCUCAAAAGAUUUUCACACUUAUACAAUUGAUUGGCAGCCUGAACUACUCAGCUGGUAUGUCGAUGGUAAGCUCGUACGUCAAGUGACAAAGGAAUCAACUUAUGAUCAGGGUGCCAAAGUGUACAAAUAUCCAUCUGAACCAUCCAGAAUUUCAUUCUCCUUAUGGGAUGGUGGUGAAGGAGCUAAAGGUACUGCCGAUUGGGCCGGCACACCAACUGAUUGGAGUGAUCCAAAUAAAAUGUACACAAUGGCGGUUGAUUGGGUCAACAUAACAUGUUUUCAACAAGAUACUAGUUUCACGUGGCCACCACAAGGUUAUGGCCCACAAGGUAAUAGUACUCAAAGUUCCUCAGGUUCGCCUUCCUCCAAUCCUGAAGCUACAGAUUCACCAACUUUCGGAAAUAAUUCUACAUACGACUAUAAUAAUAGUUCAAAGAAAUUAUCCAUUCCAAUUGGUAUAAUUGGUGUUAUAGUUGUCGUUGGAUCAAUAUUUCUCAUUUAG